ACACUUGACUGCUACCCUAGCCGGCGAAGCCGCCAACCGCUGCAGCCCUGCCCGCUCCCAUUCUUCAAGCCGACCGAUCGCCGCCUCUCCGCCGAUCCUUUUCCGCCGCCUCCAUCCCGCCCGCCCCAGUACCACCUCUCCGUUUCGACCGCAAGAAGCACAAUCUCAGAAUGGCUUGGGGUCAAGGUGCUAGAAGACCCAUAGUAGGGCUUCUGUUUCGUGCUCAACAACAAGCUGCUAAGGGAUACUCUUCAGUGGCAUCUCAAACUCACAUGUUGACCAGUCAUGUUCCGAAAAGUGCCAUGCUUCUUAGGGGAUUUAGCUCCGAAGUGCCUGCUUCUGAGCAGACAAAUCUUAUUAAACAACUCCGUAUAAGAACGAGUGCUCCAUUCAAAGAUGUCAAGGCUUCCCUAGUUAAUUGCAAUUGGAAUAUUGAAGCUGCACAGAAGGACCUAAGGAAGAGAGGAGUCGUUCUUGCUGCCAAAAAAUCUUCGCGAACUGCUGCCGAAGGUUUGCUAGCAAUUGCACAAGACGAGAAAAGGGCUGCUAUUGUUGAGCUUAACUGUGAGACUGAUUUUGUGGCAAGAAAUGAUGUUUUCCAGUAUCUGGCUUCCUCUUUGGCAAAGAUGGCUUUAUCGACCCAAACUCCUGGUGAAAUGGUUUUUCCUUUCGGCCCUGAAUAUUUGGAGAACAUGAGCAUGAAUCUUGAUCACCCUAAAUUCAAUGGGGAGGCAACUGUCCAAAGUGCUGUUACAGAAGUCGCUGCCAUGGUUGGGGAGAAUGUAAAGUUCAGACGAGGCCUUAUAUUAUCCACAAGUGGGCAUGGUGUUGUUUCAUCUUAUCUGCAUACUUGUCCUCAGCCAGGUUUGGGACGCAUGGCUGGACUUGUCACAUUGGAAGUCGAAGAUAGCAAAGUACCCAUUGAGGCCCUCAAGGGAGUCGGCUCAUCUAUUGCAAUGCAUAUUGUUGCAGCAAAACCAUUAUUUUUAUCAAAAGAACAGGUUUCUGCCGCAGCUUUAGAAAAUGAGUGUGACGUACUCCGAACUCAGGCUGAAAGUUCUGGGAAACCCCAAAUGGCCAUUGAGAAAAUGGUAGAAGGCCGAUUGAGGAAGUACUUUGAAGAAGUUGUGCUUUUGGAGCAAAAAUAUGUUGUCAAUGACAGCACAAACAUUAAGACUGUGCUUAAUGAUUUGUCGAAGGAUAUUGGUUCUAAAGUUACAAUAGCCAAUUUUCUCAGGAUGGAAGUUGGAGAAGGAAUUCAGAGACUUGAAGGAGCAGAUGGGUCAUAAGCUAUGGCACGCACUGCAUUGAUUGCUAGCUGAGAUGAAUCAAUGAGAUGAUAUAUAUGUGAAGGUUCCUCUUCUAAGUUGGUAUGUUAGUUACCUGAGAAUUUCAUGAGCUAUCAUCUUCGAUCCAACGACGGAGUCUAUUUUCUUGUAAUACUUAUCAAUCAAUCAAUUGGUUAGGAGUUUACACUUACCUGAGAAUUCAGAUGACGUAUCAUCUUUGAUCCAACAACGGGGUUUAUUUUCUUGUAAUACUUAGCAAUCAAUUAGUUAGGAGUCUACAAGCGAAGCAUUCCCAAAUAAUUAUUGUAGCAAAAUGAAUUGAAUAAAGAAUGUUCUAGUACUCGUACAUGCCAACACAUGCAAGGCUGCAAAAUGCAAUUGUAGCUUGCCUUUUCUUUUUCGAUUUUACAGUGUCUCUCAAUCUAGAUCACAUCAAACUGCGUUGCACUCAAAAUUAUUGCAGCAGAUUAGUUUUUUUUUAGAUGCUGGCUCUGGCUGCCCUAUGUCUGCCUUUUUAUUGCAAUGUAUGGUGCAAUAAUUUACACAUUUUUUUCCCUUGACAGUUGUAUAUGCAUAUUUGACGCCAUUUGUUGUAGUGUGUAUUUGGAUUUUGUCA